CAGAUGGCGCUUUCAAAUCGGACGCCAGCUUUGCAAUCGUGCCAUUCGGCCAAAGUACCAAGCCAUGCUGGCUUUCGAAAUGUAUGUAGAGGGCUUACGGCUCAAAGGUUGCGCCUAUGCCUCGCCAGCCCCCAGCCAAACGGAACUGCGGGCGGUAAUGGGAAGCAUCCGCUUUUCGAGGCUCCCAACCCAGAACACCUGAAGGAUUUUCAACACCCAGUCAGCCCAGCAGAGUUCCGGCGGCUGGGCCACGCCAUGGUGGACAUGAUCGCCGACUACUACGAGGCCCUGCCCGACCAGCCGCGGGUCAGCCCCGACGUGCAGCCCGGCUUCCUGCGUGGCGCGGUGCCGCCGCGGGCACCGGAGCAGCCGGAGAGCUUUGAUGCUGUGAUGGCGGACGUGCGUGACAAGCUGAUGCCUGGGGUGGUGCACUGGCAGUCGCCCUCCUUCUUCGCCUACUUCCCCUCCAACUACUCCUUCCCCGCCGCACUGGCGGACAUGUGGAGCAGCGUGUUGGGCAUGGUGGGAUUCAGCUGGGCGGCGGGGCCGGUCAGCACCGAGCUGGAGAUGGCUAUGAUGGACUGGAUGGCGGACCUGUGUGGACUGCCGCAAGCAUUCAAGUGCAACGGCGGCGGGGGGCCGGGCGGCGGUGUCAUCCAGGGCACCACUAGUGAGGCGGUGGUGGUGGCGCUGCUGGCGGCGCGCGCGAGGAGCCUGGCGGGCCGCCCGCCGGCAGACAAGCUCAAGCUGGUGGCGUACUCGUCCGACCAGGCCCAUUCAUGCUUCAAGAAGGCCUGCAUGAUCGUGGGCAUCGACCACGUGCGACUGCUGCCCGCCUCUCCCCAACACGACUGGGCGCUGCAGCCCCAGGCGCUGCAGGCCGCCAUUGAGGCUGACGUGGCCGCCGGCCUCAUCCCCUGCUUCGUCAUGGCGACCAUCGGCACCACCAGCAGCUGCGCGGUGGACCCCGUGGCGCAGCUGGCGGCGGCGGCGGCGGGCUCCGGCGCCUGGUUCCACGUGGACGCCGCCUACGCCGGCAGCGCGGCGCUGCUGCCGGAGCAGCGCCACCACUUCUGCGGUCUGGAGGCGGUGGACAGCUACAGCUUCAACCCGCACAAGUGGCUGCUGACUAACUUCGACUGCUGCUGCCUGUGGGUGGCGGACAGCGCGCCGCUCAAGGAGGCGCUCAGCCUGACGCCCGUGUUCCUGCGGGCGGCGGGCAACAGCCUGGACUACAAGGACUGGCAGAUACCGCUGGGCAGGAGGUUCAGGUCGCUCAAGCUGUACUUCCUCCUGCGCAUGUACGGCGCCGAGUUCAUCCGCGCCUACCUACGCCACCACAUCGCGCUGGCAGCCGCCUUCGCGCAGCGCGUCGACGCAGACCCGCGGUUCGAGCUGGCGGCGCCGCAGCGGUUUGGCCUGGUGUGCUUCAGGCUGCGUGACGUGCCGCGCGAGGUGAACGCGGCUCUGCUGGCGCAGCUCAACGCCGGCGGGCGCCUGUUCCUCAUCCACACCGAGCUGGCGGGCGCCUACACGCUGCGGCUGGCGGUGGGCAGCGCAAGCACGCAGCUGCAGCACGUGACGGCGGCGUGGGAGGCGGUGGCGGCGGCGGCGGAUGUGGUGCUGGAGGCGCACGCGGAGACGGGGCAGGGGAAGGAAGGGGCGAAGGCGGUCGCGGGCAGCGCGGCGUAAAUUGUGGCGGGCGUGAGGGGCGUGUGGGCUUUGAGAGAGGUGUGAGAGAGGUGUGAGGCGGGGGAGAGAGCUGGGGUCGCACCCCAGCUCUCUCCCCCGCUUAGGUGUGGAGUGACGAGGGCUUGCUGCCAGUGCUCGGGCACACCUGGCAACGGGAGGCCCGUUGUUUUGCAUGGGAAGUCGGUGGUCCGUGGUUGCUGUUAUCAACAAAGGCAGGCAUUUUGCACUAUCAAGCACUUCUACGAACUU